GGUGGCUCCGGGGCAUACACGAGCUCGAGAUCCUCUUGCACCCACUAUGCUCCGUCUACUGAAUUACAUGGAGCCACCAGAAGCAUGUCUUCUUAUAUGAUGGCAACAUCUGGUGUUCUUACUGCAGUGACUGAGGUGAGGUGGUUGCCAAUACUUCUUCCGCGGCUCCCCUACCAUAUCCCGCAACCACCACCACCUUCUGUAUACACCCCAGGCUCCUGCCUCUUUUCACAUUCACUCCCCCCUCCCCCCUCCCCCCCCCCACCACCCCUAAUUGGCAGUCAGGCAGCCAGGCUCUCAGGCCCUCAGGCUCUCAGGCAACAAAAAUGGCCCAUAAGUUCCCAUUAAACGGAGUCCUGGUACCCAGUGAACCCCAUGAUGGCCCAGUGGGCUUGAGGACUUCAAUUCCAUUCCCGGAACGUCCAGUAGUGUUCUUCCUUCGUCCUCUUCCUCGUGGAGAGAGAGACCUAC